AGAGCAGGGUCAGGAUCUCAGAGUUGGGAGAGUGAUUUUGGCACUUGCACAAAGCGGACGAAGAUCUGUUUUAAAGCGUUGUCACUGCAUCUUCUGCUUUUCCCCCCCCCCACACACAUGCCUGUGCUUUUAAACUCUCUCCUGACAAACAACAAGAAGCGCUAAAACAACUGCGGGAUGUACACGGCCGGGCUCAACCCGUUUUACGCGUCCAACUUCAGCCUCUGGUCCGCGUACUGCGCGGGCGGCUUCGCUGUGGAUACGAUAAAGAAGCCGUCCUUUUGCAUCGCAGACAUCCUGCAGGCUGGAGAGGCGGAGAACAUCCCCGGCUCGUCGGCGCUCGUGGUGCACAUGGGACACCACCACGGGCACCACCACCACCAGCAGCGCGCGCAGCAGGCGCACUCCGGCGGCUCUCCGCUGCGUCCUUCCCCCGUGGCGCCGGAGCCGUCCGCGUACGGCGCGAGGCUCAGUCCGGCGUCCCCGUACCACAGACACGGACUACACUUGACCUCUGUGUCCAGACAAUUUAACUCCCAGCAAGCGCCUCCGCCUUCGAGCAAGGACCUCAAAUUCGGAAUUGAUCGGAUAUUGUCGACAGACUUCGAUCCAAAAGGAAAAGAAACGUCGACGUUAAGAGAUCUCACGUCCAUCAUUAGCUCGAACCGUCAGUCAGGGAUCCACAUCCCCGUUCAGCCUCCGGCCAGCCAGUACUUCUCCUCCAUAGACCCCGGGAUGAGCGACGCGUCCUCCAUGCUGAGCUCAGGCAGCAGCAGCAGACAAUCAGGCCAGCAUCAGUUUCAGGACACCUUCCCAGGUCCAUACGCUGUACUCACGAAAGACACAAUGCCACAGACGUACAAGAGGAAAAGGUCGUGGUCGAGGGCCGUGUUCUCCAACCUGCAGAGGAAAGGGCUGGAGAAGAGGUUCGAGAUCCAGAAGUAUGUCACCAAGCCGGACAGAAAGCAGCUGGCUGCCAUGCUGGGGCUCACAGACGCUCAGGUGAAGGUGUGGUUCCAGAACAGGCGCAUGAAGUGGAGACACUCCAAAGAAGCGCAGGCUCAGAAGGACAAGGAGAAGGACGAGAAGCCCGACAAGAGCGCGUCAGAGUCCGGCUGCAGGGACGCCGCCAAGGAGCCCACGGAGUCCGAGUGUGAGAGCGAGGGCAGGAGCGAGUGCGAGUCAGACGAGGCCGCGGAGGAGGAAAACUCCGACGCGCACGACGUGGACAUUUCCGAUCACGUGAAUAAACCCAGCGUGAUCAUGAGCGGGGGCGCGCCUGGGAGCAGCGCGGCCGCGGCCUCGGUCACAGACACAGCGGCCUCACAAGUGUUAAUAUGAAGGAGGUCAUGGACAAUAUUAUAAUAAUUAUAAUUUGUAUUAUUAUUUUCCACAGAAGAACCACAGUGAAUUUUGACAAGCAACUAAAAGAGGAACUUUAUUUUUUAUUUUUUUUAAAGCCCAUAAACCAGGAACUUUAUCCAAAUUCAAUUUUAUUUGAUCUUCUUCUUCUUAUUUUCCAGAUUUAAACCACUGCCUGUAUUUUAGUCGAACAGUCAGACUUCCGGUCACUUCUGUGUGCAUCAUGUUUUUUUUUUUCCUCCUCAUGUGAAGGAGGAAAAUAAUGCGGUUGUGAAUUUUAUUGUUAGGUUAUGAACCACUCUCUUUUUUCCACGCUGUAAAUGAAAUCUCAGAGCAUCACGCAGUGUUCAUGUACCCUAUUGAUGUUAAUGUUGUUGUUGUUUUUUUCUCUGAGUAAAACAGUUUAUUGUGUUAUUUUUGUUAAGAAUAAUUUGCACUGAAAGUAUUGUAAAUAAAACGUUUCUUACUUUAAAAAAAUA